AUGGCGUGGCUUCAAAAUCUCAAAAACUAUCAACACCUUCGUGAUCCUUCCGAGUACAUGUCACAAGUGUACGGAGAUCCAAUGGCCUAUCUGCAAGAGAGCACAAAGUUUGUGACUGAACGCGAGUAUUAUGAGGACUUUGGCUAUGGAGAAUGCUUCAACUCGUCAGAAUCAGAAGUUCAGGUGAGCCACUUUCUCUGAUGGUAAUAUCCUUUCUGAAAUUUUAUUUCAGUGUGAGCUGAUAACCGGUGAAUUCGACCCGAAACUCUUGCCGUAUGAUAAAAGACUGGCGUGGCACUUCAAAGAAUUUUGCUAUAAGACAUCUGCUCACGGGAUUCCAAUGAUCGGAGAGGCACCGAACGUGUAUUACAGAUGUGUUUGGGUUAUGCUCUUUCUGGGAUGUAUGAUUAUGUUGUACCUGAACGCACAGUCAGUGUUGGACAAGUAUAAUCGCAAUGAGAAGAUUGUAGAUAUCCAGUUAAAGUUUGGUGAGUUGGUUUCAAUUGGAAUAUUGUCAGCUCAAUUCACAAUUCCAGAUACGGCUCCAUUCCCAGCCAUAACCCUGUGCAACCUAAACCCAUACAAAGCCAGUUUGGCAACAAGUGUCGAUUUGGUCAAAAGAACACUAUCAGCUUUCGAUGGUGCCAUGGGAAAAGCCGGAGGAUCCAAGGACGGAGAAGGAGAGAAAGAAGUCGUCACCGAGGCCCCGACCACCCCCGCGCCAACCACCAAACCAGCAAGACGUCGCGGAAAACGUGAUUUGACUGGCGCUUUUUUCGAGCCCGGAUUUGCCAGAUGUCUGUGCGGAAGCCAAGGCUCCAGUGAGAUGGAGGAGAAGGAGGAUGAGAAGGAUGAGGAGCUUAGCGAAACGACGACCAGAAAGUCAUUCAACAUUAAUGGUAAGCGUUGCAUACGAAAUUUUCAAUGACUUGUUGUUCAUUUUCCUUUUUCUGCGCAGAUGCCGAUGAGGAAUGGGAUGGCAUGGAGGAGUAUGACAGCGAGCACUAUGAGAACUAUGAUGUGGAAGCCACAACGGGCAUGAAUUUGAUGGAGGAGUGUCAGUCGGAAAGGUUUGGGCGUUUCUUGACACUGAAAAAAGCAUACUUGCAACGUACCAAUCUAGAAUGGAGAAAAUGCUGAUUUAGAACAAAGUUCGAUGAACCAACUGGAUUCGAGGACAGAUGCAUUUGCGCUUUUGACAGAUCCACUCAUGAUGCAUGGCCUUGCUUUUUGAACGGUACUUGGGAAACCACGGAGUGUGAUACUUGCAACGAACACGCAUUCUGCACAAAAGACAACAAAACCGGUAGGCGUUCAAAUUUCUGCAAUCUUACUGGGAAAAUUUACAGCGAAAGGUCACAGAUCACCUUGCAUUUGUGCUCCUUCCAAGUUUUGUGUAGCCUACAACGGAAAGACUCCUCCAAUCGAAAUCUGGACUUAUCUACAAGGAGGAACUCCCACAGAAGAUCCCAAUUUUUUAGAAGCAAUGGGUUUCCAGGUUAUUCUUAGAAGCGCCUGCCUCUUUUGUUUAUCUGAACUUUUAGGGAAUGACUGAUGAAGUUGCAAUUGUGACCAAAGCAAAGGAGAACAUUAUGUUUGCCAUGGCAACUCUUUCAAUGGCUGACAGAGAACUGUUGAGCACAACCAAAAGAGAACUGGUGCACAAGUGUUCGUUUAACGGAAAAGCGUGUGAUAUUGAAGCGUAAGUUGAUAAGCCCCGCUUGAAGGAACCACGUUUUAUUCAGAGACUUCUUAACCCAUAUUGAUCCAGUCUUCGGAUCUUGUUUCACAUUCAACCACAACCGUACUGUUAAUUUGACAAGUAUUCGAGCAGGUCCCAUGUACGGUCUCCGUAUGCUUGUCUACGUGAAUGCUUCCGAUUACAUGCCCACAACCGAAGCGACUGGUGUCCGUUUAACUAUUCAUGACAAAGAGGAUUUCCCAUUCCCCGACACAUUCGGCUAUUCAGCACCCACCGGAUAUGUCUCAUCAUUUGGUUUGAGAUUGGUACGGAUACACUGCUGUUCUCGAGAAGUGUUGGUGAUUUUUCAGAGAAAGAUGUCUCGUCUACCGGCGCCAUAUGGAGAUUGUGUGCCGGAUGGAAAGACGUCCGAUUACAUUUACAGCAAUUAUGAGUAUUCUGUAGAAGUAUACAAGAAUGGGUUUACAUGAAUACUCGAAAAGUUUAGGGUUGCUACCGUUCGUGCUUCCAACAGUUGGUUCUAAAGGAGUGCAGAUGUGGUGAUCCUCGAUUCCCAGUUCCGGAAAACGCAAGACAUUGCGAUGCUGCCGAUCCAGUUGCCAGUACGAAAAAUGUACUUUUUUUCUAGCUCUCUAGUAACAUUUUUUAAAGGAAGGUGCCUGGACGCUCGGAUGAAUGACUUGGGAGGUCUUCAUGGAUCAUUCCGCUGCAGGUACUUUAUUUUUUCAUCUUCAUUAAAAAACCACGGUUUCAGAUGUCAACAACCGUGUCAACAGUCAAUCUAUUCAGUCACCUAUUCUCCAGCCAAGUGGCCGUCUCUUUCUCUUCAAAUUCAGUUAGGAUCAUGUAAUGGAACUGCGGUCGAGUGCAAUAAACAUUACAAGUAUGUACUUUAAUUGAAAUUUCAAACCUGAAAUCUUUUUUUUUUCAGAGAAAAUGGUGCAAUGGUUGAAGUUUUCUACGAGCAGCUCAACUUUGAAAUGCUUACUGAGUCUGAGGCUUAUGGAGUUGGUUUCUCUCUUUUAUUUUGGAAAAUGUUUGUGUAAAUCUUACAGUUUGUCAACUUGCUCGCCGAUUUCGGCGGCCAACUCGGCCUCUGGUGCGGUAUCUCGUUCCUGACUUGCUGUGAAUUCGUGUUCCUCUUCUUGGAGACGGCCUAUAUGAGCGCCGAGCACAACUAUUCGCUCUACAAGAAAAAGAAGGCGGAAAAGGCCAAAAAAUUGGCUUCCGGAACAUUCUAA